AUGCACGAUCUCGAGAUGGAACAACUUUUGAGUGCAUUAACUCAAAGUCAACAGCAACUAGCUCAAGGCCAGCAGAUUCUCAUGCAACAGUUGGCUGAAUCGCAGAAACACAUAGUAACGCUUUUGCAACAAACGCAAGAAGGUGCUAAAGGUCUAAUCGAGGAAGAACGUAAACAGUUACUUCUUAACGCAUUGGGCGAUGACGAAUAUCAACGUUUGUUAAGCCGGUUGUUGCCUACUAAGCCAUACGAUUUGAGUUUCUCUGACCUCGUCAAGCAACUAAAGAAACAAUUUCACGAUAACAAGUCGCUUUUUCAACGCCGCUUCGAAGCUCUAAAUUUUCGGGCAACGCCGCCCAUGGCGGUAAUCGAUAUUCUUGAUCGAAUAAGAAUCCUGGGAGAUGCUUUCGAAAUUAAUAAUUUCAACAUUGACCAACUUAAAAUUUUGCUUACUGCAAUUUCACUUAGCGACCAUGCUUAUCAUACUGAACGUGCUCUCUUGUUUAAAAUUACAGCUGAGAAGGAAAAUUGCACCUACAGUGACAUUAGAGAAAUUUGUUACGCCCACGUAGAACAUACUGCGGAUGUAAGACGCGUCGAAAACCAGCAUAGCCACGAAGUUAAUGCCGUACAAAAAGUGGCUGGAACAAAAGGCUCGAAUAAGGAAGCCAAGAACCACACUAAGCCGACUAAGAAGAAAUUGUCAUCUUCGCAAUGCCGCGGCUGUGGCCUUACGACACACAAAAGAGAAGACUGUCCGUUCAAAGACGCGGACUGCAGGAUUUGCAAAAAGACUGGUCAUAUAGCAAAAGUCUGUCUCUCUAAAGGUGCUUCUCCUAAGCAUAGAAAAUACGUGGAAAUUUUGCUUAACGGAAAAAAGCUUAAAAUGCAAUUAGACACUGGCGCUGAUGUAACUACAAUCGGAAUUAAAGUAUGGACGAAAUUAGGACGCCCUACGCUGCAACCGUACAAAUCUUCUUGCGUAAGCGUCUCAGGUCAAAGAAUUAAGAUAGAAGGAUUCUUUCAUGCGACCUGA